UCUCUCUCUCUAUGUCUAUCAUAAAUAAAAAUAAAUUUUAAAAAAAAGACCAUGAUCAAGAUCACCACAAGUCAGAACAUCCACCUGCUGUACGUAGACCUGCUGGAUUACCUGAAGAAGGAGGUGGCAGGGUACCCCACAGAGCUGGACAAGCUGCAGAAUCUCAUGGACGACUACUGCUCAGAACUGUCAGACAUGACAGUCAUGUCCCAAGAUGCCAUGAUGAUCACGGAUGAGGUCAAGAUGAACAUGAGGCAAGGGGAGGCGAUUUUCAUCAAGGAACGCAGGACACGGGAGAACUGGCUGAAUCAGCAGAAGCAGCUGAUUGACAAGAUCCAUAUGAAGGAGACCAAUGAGAAGUACCACCGCCGGGGCUGGUGGGACUUGGACUCCCCUCCAAUCUGAUGGGUACAGAAACUGAAAGUGAGGAGAAGAGAGAUCUCCAAGGCCGACAUCGAAUACCAGAUAGAAGUCACAGCUUUGGUGGAGAAAGUGAAGUCUGGGGCAGCCCCGGUGGCGCAGCGGUUUAGCGCCGCCUGCAGCCCAGGGCAUGAUCCUGGAGACCCUGGAUCGAGUCCCACGUCGGGCUCCCUGCAUGGAGCCUGCUUCUCUCUCUGCCUGUGUCUCUGCCUCUCUCUCUGUCUCUAUGAAUAA